AACUGCACAACAGAUAAUUCAACAACGUACAGAGAUUGGGAGAGGACAAAAGUCCCCUACUUAUCAUACACAUGAAAGCAUUUCAAGCUUCAGGAGUUCUCUUGAUACUUUGAAUUUGCUCUCAUGUUUGCAACGACAAGACAAUCAAUAUCAACUUUCACUAAUUCUUCUAGGAAUCCAACCCAAAAUCCACGACUCAUUCAUACCCAUCCUUGAGUACAUAUACGGACAUUCGUGCAUGUCGCAGUCUAUUGUGCUGAGUUGUUUUGAUCUUUGUUUGCCACGGGAGCAUUAUCAAAAAUGGAUUCGCCAGCAGAAGAUGUGGUUGAUUCGCGAUCGAAUGUGGUUGGAAGGAAACGCGCUUUACACACAUCCUCGGACCAAGGUACACAAAUCGUCUCAAUUGAUUCUUCUUCCGACGAAUCUGAGGGACAACCUCGAAAGAGGGCAAAGCAAUCUCCCACCGAAUCCGCCAGAGUUGAGAUCAAUCUCACAUCCUCGCCGAUGCAAAAGGACUCGGCAGCAGGAGCUGUUAAGCCUGGAGCAAAUAUUGCACAACCGGUGGCUUGGAAUCAAGGCGUACAGAGCGGGUUACGAACAUCCUUCAAAAGCAAGAAACCGGCGUUGCCCCAGAAUCCCCCCUUGAAAGAGACAGAGCAAGACCCAAAUAAUAAUGGACAAGGUCUUGUCAGCCCACAGGGUAUCGAGGCUAAUCCUAACACUGUUGGGAAAUUCAAAGGAAAAUCUAAUCAGAGGCCGAUCUUGACCAGAAAACAACUAAGUAAGCUAUCAGAAGAAAGACAGCUGGUUUUGAUGACAGCUUAUACCCAGGAUGUUUCUGCUCUAAUAGAUCUUUAUGGCUGGCCAGUGCCGGAAGCAUCUCAACAGAGCUGCUUGAAGUAUAUUGAAGAUGGAUUGACCUUUUAUCCCACUCCGAUAAAGAAGGAUCAGCCCGUAGGAUACUACUCGUACGGCGGUGGUGAUGUCCAGCUGCGAGAAUUGCUUAAUGCAGAAGGCAAACCAAUCAUGAUUGAACAUAUCACUUAUUCUGAUGUCCUUUGUGCGCUCGUGGUAAACAACGAGUUCUUCAAAAGUGGAUUGUCAGACAAACGUGCCAAGGCCGCCUUCAAAGCUUAUAUGAGACAUUUCUACAAUCACGUUCCGCAAAGGGAACUUUUUACAACUUCUCUCGUGGAGAAAGCCCCCUUUUUCAUGGAUGUCCUCAAGAACUCUAGACCGCCUUCAAAAGGGAAUGUCAAGCCCACGCCCGAAGAACCCUCCAAGAAGAGUGGCGAUUCGAGCAACCAGAAAGUUACCCAAGCCCCGGCAGCUCAAGUCCCUGUGAUCAUCGAUUCUGAACCAAACACUGCUCCGGCCAAAACUUUCAGUAGAGUUACUCCACCCGACUUAACCUGCGCGGUUGAUCAUUAUGACGCGAAUGCCGCUCCUGCAAUUAACAAUAAAGAUGUAGUCGAAGAUGAGGCUCCCAUGGAACAGAACAAUGCCGUGGCCGCCAAUCCUACAACAGAAUCCAAUGGCAAGUUGACCGCGCGGAUUACUCCAACUCCGGUUACGGACAUUAACGACCCGACCCGAGAUCGUAGGAUUCUUGCUGAAGCUGCUACAGUUCAGAUGAAUCAUGGUUCCUCUGAGUCUGUAGUUGGAAGUGAUAUGGAGCCCCCUCUAGUCGACCUUGCCGUUGAGAUUGAUUAUGGCCAGGGCUCUAGUGCCUCGUGCGAAAGGGUUCCAAGUCCAAAGUCAACUCCAGAAGACCGUGCUGCAAUUCUGAAAUACUUUCCAACCACUGAUGGCAUCAUUCUCAGAAGAUGUUUGGUCUGCGGCUCCAGUGGCCACGAUCGAGCUCUAUGCCCUGACAGCGCGUGUUCUUCUUGUGGCAGCACGGGUGAUCAUCUGACUCCAGCUUGCCCUCGUACUUCGGUAUGUGGUAAGUGUAGAGGAGUGGGUCAUCUGACGUCGCAUUGCCCCGAAAAACUACGUGCUGCCAAGGAAGAUGUCAAAUGUAUAAUAUGUCAAUCUUCAAGCCAUCUUGAAAAUCAAUGCCAUUUAAUUUGGAGAAGUUUUCUUCCUGGCACCGAGGAAAUCAAGAAGGUUCGAAGCAUAUCAGUAUAUUGCUACUUUUGUGGUCGUACAGGUCACUUUGGCCCUGAAUGUGGACUACAUCAUGGAGAACCAGCUUCUGGUGGAAUAUCUUGGUCAAGUAGUAACUUGGAAAAGUAUCUCGAUGAUGCUACUAGUCAUGAUUCUACGUCUUUAGGAGGUAAUGAUCAUUCAAUUCCGAGUCGUGGGAAGAAGGGCUUCACCAUCAAAGGAAAAGCCAAUGAUCCUAUCGAGCUGGACGAUAGUGAUGAUGACGAAGGUUUCAUCCAUCCUAAAGUCAACAUGGGUUCCAAAAACGGUCAGAUUCAAUUCUCUCAAGUUGGCGCAAUGCAAUCUUUCAAUCAAGAGCCCCCUUUCCAGUUCCAGGGUAAUGCCCGUGGCAACCCAAAUAGUAGAGCAUCUAGUGGAAACCGAGGUGGACGUGGUGGCCGUGGAGGCGGCGGUAGUAAUGGAGACAAAAAGAAGUCGAAGCAAAAAAAUGGAAACAGCCCUCCAAGAGGUGGUGGUUCAGAUCGUAAAAAAGCCUAUCGCGGUAGAGGUGGGAGUGGAGCUGCUCGAGGAGCUCCCCGUGGUCGUCGCUGAUGACCUCUUGGGGAGUUGUUGCUAAGAUGUCAAUCUGGUGUCGAUCUGGGAUGUCUUUACAAAGUAUGUGAUGCUACUGUGAUAAAGCUCAUGCUAUAUUACAGGAUCAUAUGUACGUUGUAGCACAUCCCAGCCUGACAUCUUUUGACACGUAUACCGAAAUCCUCGAGAUCUCAUCGUCAUGGUCCUUCACGCCACAAUCGUAAAAUGAAUGACAUUUGGUAUCGUAUAUGAUUUCUUAAAGCAUAAUUUGGCGCUGGGGGCUUUAGACUAUAAAGUCGAAUGUGUGAAUAGCUUGCG